AUGGGUGAUGACUGCGACAACACAGCAGACGACCGAGCGCCGCCAUUGUCACGGGCAGGUCCAUCACCAUCACAUACUCGCUUUGCCGCUAUAAAUGAAACCACCUUCGGGGACGAUACCAUUAUACAUCAAGGGGAUCAAAAGGUGCAUAUAGGGCAGUUGAACCAUGUUAUUAAUCACUAUGCUGGUCCACCACCUCAGCCCGAGAGCAACCCGAGAUGCGACUCCCUCCACGAUGGGCCCGAUACGCCUUGUUGGACUGUCCCGUUCGGCCGCAAUAAGGACUUCGACGACUGCCAGCAGACUGUUAUCAGUGGACUUGGUGGCAUCGGAAAGACCCAGGUCGCUCUCGAAGCUGCCUUUCGCAUUCGUGACAAGUACCCGGAUUGCCAUGUCUUCUGGGUCCCAGCUAUUGAUACCACCACCUUUGAGAAUGCUUACCGUGAGAUCGGCCGGAAGCUGAAGCUACAUGGUAUCGACAACAAUGCAGCAGAUAUCAAGUUACUUGUUAAAGUUGCAUUAAGUCAGCGUAUAGAUAAUUGGCUCUUAAUCAUCGACAACGCUGACGACGCGGCCUUAUUCAAAACAACAACUACUACUGAGGGCACAUCAUUGAGCGACUCUCUCCCCUUCAGUCUCAAAGGAUCUAUCCUUUUUACAACCAGGAAUGACGAAGUCACCCAGCAACUGGACAUACGAAGAGAGAAUAUCCUACAUCUUGCAGAGAUGAGUCGAUCUGAAGCAACCAAUAUGCUGCAGAAGAGUUUAUCUGCGCAUCAAAUAAAUGAUGAGCAGAGCUUGGAGAGCUUGCUGGAAUUUUUAACCGAUCUGCCGCUUGCUAUUAAGCAAGCGUCUGCAUAUAUGAUAAAGACUGGGAUGGUGGUGUCGAAAUACCUUGAGCAUUGUCGAUCGAGUGAUGAGCACUUAGUUGAGCUGCUAAGCAAAGAUUUUAACGAUCGAGCCCGGUAUAAGACGACAAAAAAUCCGGUUGCCACGACAUGGUUGAUUUCAUUCAGAGCCAUCUCCAGGGAUAACCCACUUGCAGCUAAAUAUCUGCAAUUUAUGGCUUUUGUUGCAGAGAAGGACAUACCGAAACAUCUCCUACCGCUUGGUGAUAGCGAAUUAGAGACGUACGAAGCUAUUGGCAUGUUAAGAGCAUACGCAUUCAUCAGCGAACGAGCGGGUCAGGAUGCAUAUGACAUGCAUAGACUUGUCCGCCUAGUAAUGCAAAACUGGCUACGCAAAGAAGGAGACCUACAAUUAUGCGUUACAGAAGUGAUAAAACGGCUAAACACGGUAUUUCCUCGGCCACGCUUUUCGAACAAGGAUGCCUGGGCAAGGUAUUUACCGCACGCAAUAAUAGCACUAAAAUUUCAGGACCAUUCGUUGGACCAAGCAUCCAGGUCGGCCGUUUUAUCUAAGACUGCAAAUAGCCUUUACAUUCUUGGUAAAUACAAGGAUGCCACGAUGAUGGACAAACAGGAGAUUGAGCUAGCGACAAUAUUACAAGGGACUAGCCAUCCUUACACGCUUUCAAGAAUGAGUAACCUCUCUAGCUCUCUCAAUAGGCAAGGCCAAUAUAAUGAAGCUGAGGAGAUAAACCAGCAGACGCUUGACCUACAGUUAAAAUUUCUAGGGGCUGAGCAUCCUCAUACGCUUACAAGCAUGAGAAACCUGUCUAGCUCUUUCUUUAAGCAAGGCCAAUAUAAAGAAGCUGAGGAGAUAAACCGACAGACGCUUGACCUACAGAUAAAACAUACAUCGUCUUGA